GUGCUCAGCUCCUUGCAUCUUCCAUGUUCGUCUUUGUCAAGAACUUGCGGCGCCCUCUGUUCCCCGUUUUUCUCACCUGUAUUUUCGAGGCGCGACAAGCGGUGUGAAGUCAGAAUCCUAGAGUUUUUUGUUGCCAGGUUUUGAAUAUUCCUCUUGCUUUUUAUGUGGCAUUCAGCCAUGUUUAUCUGUUUGAUUUGAACUUUGGUACUGUUUCUGUUGCAUUUAAGGUUUUGAUUUUGCUGCAAUUUUGUUAUGGCAUGAAGUUGAACCUAGAAUGUUAUGUUAGUAAGAGGUUAGUUUAGAGGUGUGAAAGAAGAAAAUGGCGGAUAAGAAAGGAACGGAACAAGUUGUUUUACGGAUUUUGGAUGGCGAAGAAGGAGUCGAUGCAAGGAAUGGUCUCACUAAUGGCUCUGUUGCUUCUUUUCCUGAUUUUGAGUCAAAAGAAACUCGGAGUGUUAGGUGCGCAAUCCCGCAAUCCGUGGUUGAGAGCUCUCCUUCACACGAGAUUUCCAGAAUGAGUUCAUUGAAACCUCCAAAAAUUCCUGUCGAAUCGGCAGUUCGGCGCCCAUCAUUUGCUCGAUCUUCGUUUUCAAAACCGAAAUCAAGACUAAUAGAGCCGCCUUGUCCUGAUGGUGCAAGUUCGGCAGAAGAAAAUGCUCAAGCAAAAUCAACAUCUGGUUCACCAUUCUCUAGCUCUCCGAAGAUGGACUCACCAGCUAAGAUAGCCACUGCGACUAGUCCUAAAGAAUCUUUGAAGUCUGCUCCGAUAACUCCUAGAACACCAUUGGUUGGAUCUACUGGAAGUGAGGAGGAAGAUGAUGAAGAAGUCUACAAAACUGCAGAACUGAAAGUGAAAGAAAAAUCAAGGAAGAAAUUGAAAAGAGCAGUUUUAAUUGAAUGGAUUGCAUUUUUGUGCAUAACAGCGUGUUUAAUUUCCAGCUUAACAAUAGACAAGCUGCUGACUAAAGAGAUCUGGGGAUUAGGACUGUGGAAAUGGUGUGUUUUGGUAUUAGUCAUUUUCUGUGGCCGUUUAUUUUCACAAUGGUUUAUCAAUUGUCUGGUUUUCUUGAUUGAAAGAAACUUUCUACUUAAGAGAAAGGUUCUUUAUUUUGUCUAUGGGCUGAGGAAGAGUGUUAUAGUUUUUAUUUGGCUGGCUUUGGUUCUUCUAGCGUGGGGUCUAUUAUUUGAUCAAAGCAUCAAAAGAUCUAAGAAAGUCAAUGAGAUUCUGAAUUAUGUUACACGAGCUCUUGCUGCUUCGCUAAUUGGAGCAGGAUUAUGGCUGGUGAAAACUUUGUUGGUGAAGAUACUAGCUGCUUCUUUUCAAUGCACUCGAUUCUUCGAUCGAAUUCAAGAAUCAAUCUUCCAUCAAUAUAUCCUGCGCAUUUUAUCAGGACCGCCACUGAUGGAGAUGGCCGAGAGGGUUGGGAGGGUGGCAAGCGCAGGGCAAUUGAGCUUCAGGCAUUUGAAGAAAGAAAGAGAUGGUGGGAAUGAGGGGAAGGAAGAAGUGAUUGAUGUGGAUAAACUCAAAAAGAUGAAGCAAGCAAAAGUGUCUGCUUGGACCAUGAGAGGGCUUAUCAAUGUUAUAAGGAGUUCAGGGCUGUCCACCAUCUCUAAUACAAUAGAAAAUUUUAAGGAGGAAGAGGGUGAGCAAAAAGACAAGGAGAUUAACAGUGAAUGGGAAGCAAGUGCUGCAGCUUACCAGAUUUUCAGGAACGUUGCGAAACCUGGUAGCAAGUAUAUUGAUGAAGAGGACCUCUUUCGUUUUAUGAACAAGGAGGAAAUUGAUAAUGUGCUGCCAUUGUUUGAAGGAGGGGUUGAGACUGGGAAGAUAAAGCGAAAAACCCUUAAGAAUUGGCUGGUGAACGUUUAUAUCGAACGGAAGUCGCUAGCCCACUCAUUGAACGACACCAAAACUGCCAUAGAGGAGCUAAACAGGCUUGCUUCUGCAUUUGUACUGAUUGUUAUUAUCAUUGUAUGGCUACUUCUGAUGGGUUUCUUGACCACACAAGUACUCGUCUUCAUUUCAUCACAGCUUCUGCUGGUGGUUUUCAUGUUUGGUAACACUGCCAAAACUAUAUUCGAAGCCAUCAUAUUCGUAUUCGUGAUGCAUCCAUUUGACGUGGGGGAUCGGUGUGUUGUAGAUGGUGUGCAGAUGAUUGUUGAAGAAAUGAACAUUUUAACCACAAUUUUCUUGAGAUAUGACAAUGAGAAAAUCUUCUAUCCAAAUUCUGUUCUGGCCACCAAACCCAUCAGUAACUUCUACAGGAGCCCCGAAAUGAGUGAUUCGAUCGACUUUUCGGUUGAUUUUUCCACAUCAAUUGAAAGCAUUGGAGCCCUAAAAGCAAGAAUAAAAUCAUAUCUUGAAAGCAAACCUCAGUUCUGGCGGCCGAACCACAGCGUGAUCGUGAAGGAGAUCGAGAACGUCAACAAGAUGAAACUGAGUCUAUACAUCAAUCACACCAUAAACUUUCAGAACUAUGGUGACCGGAGCAGUCGCAGAUCGGAUCUAGUCUUGGAGCUGAAGAAAAUUUUCGAAGAUCUGGGCAUCAAGUAUCAUCUGCUACCUCAAGAAGUCCAGCUCAACUAUGUGAGUUCAAUAGCUCCCAUGGUUUCGACAACCUCGAGAUGAAGGUUCGUUCUUUCCGCUCAGUUCAUUUUCUUAACUCUCAAACAAAGUGGCUGGCUAUAUCAUGUCCUGUUGAUUCAAUGGCUUUCAUGGGAACAAGAGGGGUAGAGAAGAUGUAGUUUCUGAUUUGAGCUGCAUCUCAGUAAGGAAAAGGAAUUGUAAAACGUUAGUUGUUCUAUACAAGUUUUGAAUUUUAAUUAUGGACAUCAAGAGGAUGGAUUACUAAAUGAAUUGCACUUUCUUUCUU